GAAAAAUAACCUUAACUAAUGGGAUUCUCUACAUUGAUUUGCUUUGAUUUUGCAUUUUAGAGGCUCAAAAUACUGAAGACACAAACAUGUUUCGACUUUGUUUCCAAGGCAAAUUUGUGCAAACCAGAUCAUUAGCAGUAUUUCACAAAGAAAUUGUUAACUUAAAGUGUCUUACAGUGAACAGUAAACUGAUACGGCAUUUCGCUAGCCAUUCCAAAGGAGACAGCGAAGUAAACCGCAUUUAUUAUGGUCCUUUAACGCCACAAAUCAAGGCUGUGAAGGUAUUUUCUCUGAGCUCCAGCGCCGCGGGCUGGGUAGCUCAGCCGAUCAUUAUAAACGAAGCAGCCACCAUUGGAAGCACAUCACUCCUCGUCGCUAUUUGCUCAGUGGUUGGGUUCUUCACAUUCGUCACACCAAUACUGCUACAUCAAAUAACUAAGAAAUAUGUAACAAAAAUUGACUAUGAUAGUGCAAAUGCAACAUACAGAGCAAUUACUUACAACUUUUUUAUUGCUGAAAAACAGCAUGAAUUCAAAGCAGAAGAUGUUGUAGUGCCUGAAAUCCCUGGCAUGUUCACAACAUUGGUGGCCAAAGGAAAGCCCCUGUUUGUGGAGGCGAGGCACUUCAGUGACCCAAUGCACUACGCCAAAAUGAUGGGCUACGACAAACCCAUGGACUUCAAAAUGGGAGCUUCAGAGAGCAGUAAAUAAAUUAGGUUUAGUUGUUAUAUGUCAUGUAGUUGUUAAUUAUAAUAUUGUGUUA